GUAAUGGACGCGAGUUUCUACAUCUCAUUCCACUUGCACACCUCUGCACAUUAACCGCCAUUUUCAUACAACAUGUCCACCAAUCCUCAAGAUGACGCAGAGAGAAUUCGUUUGAAGCGACUCGCGAAGCUCCAAGGAGUAGCUUCCAGCUCUCCUAGCCCCGCACAGACACCUGCCUCUGCGUCGUCGACACCCCCGCUAUCUAAACCCCAGACUCCUCCACCACAACCGAAGCCACAAUCUGUACCGAUAACUAUCAAGCGAUCCGCAGACAUACUUGCACCGCCGCCACCGAAGAAGAAGACACCGAGUACGCCAGCAAAGUUCGAUCUGCCUGCGUGGGAGGACGAAACAAUUCGGACAGUGCUAAAUGUUACCCUGGAUAAAGACCUGGCGGAGAAGACGGGGUGGGAGGUCGUGUGGCUUAAGUCAUUGGCUGUAGAGCUAGAAUCCGAGCUUCCAGAUGUCCCUAAACCUCUCCGUUUGAACAAUGAUAUCUUAGACCGUCUGCUCAUCGCAAGGCUAGAACUGGAUCCUCAAGGCAUGUCAGAUGACCUUGAAUAUCUUCCUGUCCUCGCGUCCUUACAGUCACAAACCGUAUUCGAGUACCUCGUGGCAUGCUGGAAGCAAAUCAAUACUGCCCGAUCUGCCUUGCUGAAGAAGGGAUACUCGCCGCCGGACACACAACGCGCCAUUGAAGUCCUCGACAAGCUUCGAGACCUAGUCAUCAGCUAUGCGGGGCUUACACUGCAGGAGCCGGAGAUGUUCCCUCAACCUACUGGCAAGCCAAUAGGUGCUCCCGAGUUUGUCGCGAACCUCGUUAACCUCUCCUCCCUCGCCGCUCCGCUGCUUUCCGUGCAAAGCUCGAGCAGCGCUGUCCUUUACCCGUCCGAUGUUCAGCCCUUCCUGCAGGACCUCGCAAAGCGCUUCGAUAACGAGGGUCGCGAGCUAAAUGCAGUACUCGGCCCCGUUGUACGCGGAAUGUGCUUCCACGAGUCGCUCUUCCGUCCGGAGGGUCUCGCGGGUGGUGACGCAAGCUGGCGUGGCAUCAUCGGUGGGCUCGAGACCCUCGUCAGUGUGAAGUCCAUCGGGAACAUGAUCACGCGGCUGGACGACUUCAACCCGGCGAAUGCACAGGCGCACAACAUUGAGCUGGUCAGCUUGUUUGGGCCUGUCCUCCGACUAGGCGUCUUUGACCGAGAAUGGCCAUCGAUUGCGGUGGCCUACUUCACGAAGGCCGAGGGACGGCCCGCAACGGAUGUAGAGUCCGCUCGCGCCAGCUUGCGAGGGACGCUGAAGAGUUUACAGGCUUCGAUGUUCCAGAUUCUCAACACUCUCGUUCGCAGCUCGACAGAGGCGCGAGAAGCGGUCUUGAACUAUUUCGCGAGGAUCAUCACGUUGAAUGUCCGUCGUGCCGGUAUGCAGGUUGAACCGGACACGGUCGCGUCAGACUCGUUCAUGGUCAACCUCCAAGCCAUAUUAUUCAGGUUCUGCGAACCCUUCAUAGAUGCCAACUACUCAAAGAUUGAUCGCAUUGACCCACUGUAUUUCGCCCACUCCUCUCGAAUCGACCCCAAGGACGAAACACGCAUCAACGCGACGAGCCAAGAGGCAGAGGAGUGGAGGCAACAGCACGCCAACGAUGGCGCCCCCGCUCCGAACUUCAUUUCAGACAUCUUCUACAUUACGCUCGCGAUGAACCAUUACGGCUACCGGAAGACAAUCACGACGUUUGAAGAGCUUGCGCGGCAGUACGACGAGAUGGAGCGGCACCUCGAACAGCUAGAAGGUGACGGCUCGUGGCGGACUACUCCGUUGCGGGCGCGCAUGGAAGCUGCAAUCAACGCUGUAAAGACGGAAAUGGAUAAGGUGCAGGCGGGGCAGAUGGCGUUCCAGACGCAGCUUGCGGAGCCCGAGCUUGUCUUCCGUGCCAUCAGCUUCACGAACUUCGCCUCGACAUGGCUUAUCCGCUUCGUCGACCCGAAACACCAGCAUCCGAGCCCGGCGGUCGAGUUGCCGCUGCCUAAGGAUGUGCCAACGUCCUUCAAGGUCUUACCUGAGUAUGUCAUCGAGGACAUUGUAGAGUUCCACUUGUUUGCUAUCCGUGCUGCACCGGAGAGUCUCGAGCUGACCGGCAAGGUCGAGCUCAUGAUGUGGGCGCUAACACUCCUGACCUCGACGUGGUACAUCAAGAACCCGUUCCUCAAGUCCAAGAUGGUCGAGGCACUAUCGUACGCCUGCUGGAAAUGGGAUGGACGGAGGAGCAUCCUGGAGUCUACACUCAACACCCAUCCCAUGGCGCUCAAGUAUCUCAUGGCGGCUCUGACUCAUUUCUACAUCGAGGUCGAGCAGACCGGUGCAAGCUCGCAGUUUUACGAUAAAUUCAAUGCUCGACGUGCCAUGACUUACAUCUUUCGCACAAUCUGGAACAACCCCCAACAUCGUGACGCUCUCAAAGCUCAAACGAAGACAAACAUGGACCGCUUCGUUCGUUUUGUCAAUCUCAUGAUCAACGAUGUGACCUACCUUUUGGAUGAAUCUCUGACGGACCUCGCGAAGAUUCAUGACCUCCAGAUGGAGAUGGCCGACACGGAGGCCUUCAGCCGUCAGUCGGUGCAGUACCGUCGGGAGCGAGAGGGCACGCUGCGCUCGCUCGAGCGUCAGACCACGACAUACACACAGCUCGGAAGCUCAACGGUCGCGUUGCUCAAGAUGUUCACGGCCGAGACCAAAGAGCCGUUCAUGGUGCCCGAGAUCGUCGAGCGGCUCGCGGCGAUGCUCGACUACAACCUCGAUGCGCUCGUCGGGCCGCGCUGCCGCGAGCUCAAGGUGAAGAACCAGGAGAAGUAUAAAUUUAACCCCCGCGCGCUGCUGGGCGACAUCCUCGAGGUGUACCUCAACCUGAGCGACCAGGGUGAGUUCGCGCGCGGGGUCGCGAACGAUGGGCGCAGCUACAAGAAAGAGCUCUUCGAGAAGGCGCUAGGCAUCGCGACGAAGCACUUCCUGCUCAAGAGCGAAAACGAGAUCGAACGGCUGCGGCUGUUCGUCGUCAAGGUCGAGGAGACGAAAGCGACGAUCGAGGCCGAGGACGACCUCGGUGAUGUGCCGGAAGAGUUCCUUGAUCCACUCAUGUACACCCUCAUGCGCGACCCGGUCAUCCUACCGAGCUCGCACACCGUCGUGGACCGCUCUACCAUCAAGUCCCACCUCCUGUCCGACGCAAAGGACCCUUUCAAUCGUGUGCCCCUCGUGCUAGAGGACGUUAUCCCUGAUGUAGAGCUGAAGGCGAAAGUAGAUGCCUUCCUUGCCGAGCGCAAGAACAAGAACACGGCAUACGACAAGCCUGAAUCGGAGCUCGUGGACAUGCAUAAGGAUGUGGAUAGCAUGGACACUACGUAAAGUCCCGUAGAAUGCGUACGACUUGUGAGAACACUCAACUUGUACACGUGUAGUCUGUAAUGCGUAUCUUUGGUUCAUGCCGCUUCGCUCUUAUUGUAAGGGCUUAGAGAAUUUGGAUCGACAGAUGACAUAGCC